AAUAAAAGUGCGGUGAAUGAUUGAGACAGUGAUUGGCGAACGGCGUUCUAGCGGCUUUGCAGUAGCAGGAGAAGAGAAAACCAUGUCACAUUUUCCCUUCCGAGGCUCGCCAUCCGCACAGAGCACUACACCGACAGUACCGUCUGCGCCAUCAUCACCACCGACAGCGCCGGUUGCGAUGGCCGUCACAACAGUUCCCCCCAGUGCCCGGAGUGCGUCUCCCUGUUCGGCCACGUCCGGUCCACCGACGUCGGGCCCGGGUGGUGCGGCGGGCGGUGGUGGCGGUUCCGGAGGCCGCUGCUGUGAUACGGGGCGACCCAUCUUUACCGAUCCCAUCUCCGGCCAGACGGUGUGCUCGUGUCAGUAUGAUCUCAUCAGCUACCAGCGGUUAGCGAGUGCCGGUAUUGCCGGUCCCGGUGGUGUACCGCUCUCGAUGUACAGUGCACCGUACUCGCCGGAAACGAUGGCUGCCUACUUCCCGGCCAUCGGUGCCGAUCAGGCUCCGUUCUAUGCAAAUCCAGCGGCUGCAGGAAUCGAUCUGAAGGAAAACCUCGCUGCUGGUGGCGCUCCGUGGCCUUAUCCCUCCGUCUACCAUCCGUACGAUGCGGCAUUCGGCUAUCCGUUCAACUCAUACGGCAUGGACUUGAAUGGAGCAAGGCGAAAAAAUGCCACCCGAGAAACGACGAGCACCCUGAAAGCCUGGCUGAACGAGCACAAAAAGAACCCUUACCCGACCAAAGGCGAAAAGAUUAUGCUGGCGAUCAUCACCAAGAUGACGCUGACGCAGGUGUCCACCUGGUUCGCGAACGCCCGGAGACGGUUGAAAAAGGAGAACAAAAUGACCUGGGAGCCGCGAAACCGGGUGGAGGACGAUGAUGUCAACCUGGACGAUGAUGAUGACGACAACAAGAGCUUAAAGGACGAUAAGGAAAUACUAGAUUCCAAAGAUUCCGGCACUGGUUCGAGCGAAGAUGGCGACAGGCCGUCGCGAUUAGACAUGCUGGAUCGGCCGGGUGGUAGCGAGUGGAACGGUUCUCGCAACGGCAGCGGUCCCAACUCACCCGACAUCUACGAUCGAGGCGUCCCUGGCCAUCAUCACCAUCCACUGCUGCAUCCCUCUAACUUCCCGCCCCAUCUGCGGCCGGCCAUUACCACCCCGCCCGAUGUGACCCACACGCCCAGCGGUAGCACAAACCCCAGCACGAAGCCACGCAUCUGGUCACUGGCCGACAUGGCCAGCAAGGAAAGCAAGGAUUCCGAUUCCUCCUCACCGACGGCCGGUGGAUAUCCGUCGCCCGGCAAAAUCCCCAUCACCCCGCUCGCUGGCCGAGGGCUUAACCCGCUGCACCACCACCCGUACAUGCGGCCCGAGUUCUACCGGAAUCUGUACGGCCAUCAUCUUGCACCGGGGUCGCCCGAAGUGUCCCUGCUCGAAUCGUACCAGCGCACGUUCGGAGCGACGAUCGGUGCCCACAACGGGCUGCCGGUAAGCAUCAGCCCGCUAAUAUCGAAAGCAUCCGGCAGUGGGCCCCCGUUCGCACCGCUUAGCCUCACCACCGCCAACCACCACCUCCAUCAGCAGCAGCAACAUCCGCACACGGCACCGCCGCCCGGUGCAUCGCCAGCCUCCAGCACCUCCAGCACUGGGCCGGAAAAUCUAACGCCCACGUCCGUUUCGCAUCCGUCCGGUACGGGACCCGGCGACGUGAAGCUGAUCAACGUGCUGGCGAACAGCGCCAAACCUUGA